UUUUUCUGCACCAGAUGCAAAAUAUGAGACCAGGAUUAUUGUAUUCAAAAUCAGGACCAGUUCUCCUGCAUGCACGCUAACAUUUUCUUUGUCGCUUUGUUUCCUCACACUUCUUAACGGCAACUUUCUCUGUAAGAACGGGUUGUUUCACGGAUUUCCUACCAGGAACCGCACAUUCUUUCUAUUUCAGUAGCCGAGCUAGUAAGGGAUCAUAAUCCCCGCCGGAAAUAUAUUACUGGCUUAGAGGGCAUGCGCGUCAAUAAUACUUCGUAUACCGAUCCUGAUUUUACUAACCACAGUUAUCGACGGACCUACUGCUUUAUUUCGAAGAUGGAAAUUUUUUUAUCGACUGAAAUUCAUAUAUCUACCCAGAUUUACCUUGCGUACACGUUUAUUUGGAAAAACUGAAGUAGUAUAAUACCGGAAAUACUAUAAACAAAACAAAAACACAAUACCGGACAUUUAUGCAAACUUUUACCGGACCGAUCCAUUUUUUACCGGAAAUGUCCGACGGUCCGACAUAUUUCGCGUACUCUGCAAAGUAGAAAUUUAAUAAUCUAGGUCAAUUAUUUAAAAGUCAUACCUGGAUACCAUAAAGGAAGUGGGAUUUUGUUGUGUCUGCAUGUGAUUUUCUGUUACAAUGUACUAAAUAAAAUUGAUCAUUAAUACACAAAAUGCACCAAUAAAAAACACUUUUGAAGGCUUUCACAUUAUGGUUAUAGUGUUUUUCUAUUGAAUUUUCAAGUAAAGUUUGUGAAUAAUGCAAAAUAAAAGAUGGUUUCAUUGGAAAAUUGUGUUGAAAAUAUGAGUUAAUUUUGAUAAUAUUUAAAAACGUUCAUAACUAGUUUUACAAAAUUCCAUAACAAAUUAUUUUGGGUAUCAUGUCUCUAUAUACUCUUUAACUUUCGGAGAUACAUUUCUGGAGAGCUAUAAUUGCCGUGACCCAGGCGUCAGUGUCACUUUUAAGGGGAAAACUUUAACCUUGUCUAUGUCUUUUGAACCAGGGGGUAUAGCUUUAAUGUUUCACACACAGAUUCCUCAAGACCAGGGCUUUGGUACCAAGACUUUUGACCUCUUAGCUUUGGACUUUGACCUACUUUUCUAAAACUUUGAACCAAGGAGGAUAGGGAUUUGAUAUUUUGGAUGCUGCAUAUGACCCGACCUUUCAUUGGUACAAAGACUUUUGAUCCAAUGACCUUGUACUUUAACCUACUUUUCAAAAACUAAGCCUUGGCUGUAUCUUUUCAACCAAGGGGGAUAGGGUACAUAGAGUCACGCUUCCUGGCAAGCUGUGUUUUUCUUCUGACAGCUUUAACAGUUUACCUGACAUGUUUUACCUUCUUCUUUGUGUUUCUCUGAUUCUGUCUCUUAAUUAAUGCACCAUUAUUUUCAAGUCGUCAAAUUUUAAGCAUUUCAGAUUUGAUAAUACACUUGGACUUUGAUAAGUAUGCUCUAUACAUCUGUACCCAAUCUAUUUUAAUUAGUAUUAUAUUUAUAUACAUAUUCACUUAUUAGUGGUAGUCGUCUCUCCUUAGACCUGAUGUUAAGCUGACUAUUGGUAUUGUAGAGAGGUAUCUCAUCUGUUUUAUCAUUUUAUAUGGCACCAGUAUAAAUUCUACUGAUUUAGUAUGGUACUGUCUGCACCGAGUACAGCCGGGCCCCAACUUUCACUUAGAAAUCACUACAAUGGCGGUUAUUAUUAUCUUGUUUUUGAAAGUUAAUAUCCCUGCAUGUAUAUUUAUAAACUGCUGAUAUUGCUUGUGAUUGACAGUGAUGGAUUAGACUUGAAUGCGGUUUUUCGUCCUUUUGAAUGUAUCAUACCAGAUGAACCUUAGGUGUUAACAUUGUAGUAUAUAUUAGCUAUGUAAACAGUUAAAUAUUACUAGAAGGGUUCUAGAUUGUUUAUGUAUUAUUUAGAUCAAGAUGCCAAAUAUUCUUAAUAGUUCCAUUGAUAGAAACUAUAACAUCAGAUGGCAUCUAGAGCACAGAUAGAGUAGCAUUAAUGGUCACAUAGAUAUAGAGAGACUCUAUAGUCCUGCCUCACAAGUGUUUUAUAAAUAUUUUGAUAUAGAACAUGAUUGGAUGAAUUAUCUAUUUUAAAUUUUUAUUUCCCUAUAAAUGAUAAACUUCAUAUAUAUAUAAAUAUCAAACAGAAUUUUGAGCAAAUUAAGAUCUAUAUAACCGGCAGUUGAAUUCCUUAAUUUACAUGAUAAAUGUAAAUGCAAACUGCAAUCCUCAAUGAAUUAGGUAUCAAAUUCCUAUAUUUAUUAUAUACAAGAAAUUGGGUAUGUUUAACUUAGUUUUUUAAUUGUUUCCCUAUAUGGGUCCAAUAAAUUUAUCACUGUAAGAAAACCUCUCCCAAUGAGGGCCAGUGUGUUCUGUGGCUUUGUAGACAAUGACAGGAAUUCUUUAAAGCUUGCAGUAGGAAGUAUAUUUCUGAGAAUUUCAGAAAACUAUGUUCAGUUUAUAAGGGGCUAUUUGGAUUGUGCAUCAUCAUGCAAUGAGUAUCUCUAUGAUGACUCGUCAGUGAAGAUGGAUCUCAGCUUUGAAGAUUCCAACAGUAACACUAUGCCAUCCAUGGCGAACCCAUAUCACAGGCCAAUGGAUCUGGGUUCAAAUGACUUGGCACACAAGGCUCGAAAGAAUAAAGAGGACAAAUAUUGUGGUGUGUGUGGGGACCGGGCUUUGGGUUACAACUUUGAUGCCAUUUCCUGCGAGUCGUGCAAGGCAUUCUUCAGGAGGAAUGCCCCAAAAGGACUGGAAUACUUCAAAUGUCCGUACGAGGAGAAAUGCAAAAUGGACGUGUCAAAUCGGCGAUUCUGUAAACGGUGUCGUCUGAGGAAGUGCUUUGAGAUCGGAAUGCGGAAAGAGUACAUCCUGACAGAGGAGGAAAAAAUUCGAAAACGGCAGCGGAUAGAAGAGAACAGGUUGACUCAGAAAGUACGAGAUGUAGAUAAGCAGAGGACACAGUCGGGGAUUGUAAGCACAUCAGAAAACAGACUGAGGGCUUUAGAACCAGAUGAGGAAUACAUGAUAAAUGAAGUAGUGGGGGCAUAUAGACAAUCGCUAGAGGUGUCCAUUGCGUCCGAACUGCCAAAAGACAAACCGCAAAUGCACAUGAAAGACUUGGUAAACAUUGCAGAACUAAGUGUUCGUCGAGUUAUAGACAUGGCCAAGAAGAUCAAAUCAUUCAAGGCAUUGUCACAAACAGAUCAGAUUAGUCUUCUGAAAGGAGGUUCGAUCGAGUUGCUGAUUCUGAGGUCGGUGAUUUCUUUUGACAAGGAGAAGAACCAAUGGCUGGAUCCACUUGACAGCGAGGAUCACAGUAUGGACAUGAAGAAUCUACAGGAGGGAGAGGGGGCCACUUUAUUUGCAGAACACAUGAAGUUCACCAAGUCACUAGCCAUCGAUCUGAAGGCUGAUGAGACCAUGCUGAUUCUCUUGCUAGUUAUAUCCCUGUUCUCACCAGAUAGACCAAAUAUAAGUGACAAAUCGUAUGUUUGUCAUGAGCAGGAGAAAUAUGCACUGUUACUUUUAAGGUACCUCGAGUCAAGGUACUCCGCAUACACUGUGCGUGCCAUUUACCCCAAACUGUUGAUGAAGCUUACAGACAUUCGUGAUCUGAAUGAGGAACACAGCCAUGUCCUCUUGAAGGUUAACCCUGAAGGAAUUCAGCCUCUGAUGAAAGAGGUUUUAGACAUGAACCUUAAGGAAGCAACUGCAGCAAACUGUGGAAGUCCAAUGUGAUUGGUGUAAUAACUAGAGAAAAGAAUUUUUAUAUGCAGUAUGUCCCAUCAGGCGCAUGUUGUGCAAGUUUGAAUGAAUGGAAACAAUGAAAAUCUGAUUUUCUGGACGUGGAUAUUUAGCGAUUGAUUGAAUGUUUGACACUGAUAUUUAGGAUGUGUAUUAAUGUUCUAGGGAGCAGUACCAUAUCUCAUGACAAUGUAAUGUCAUCAUAGGGCAGUUCUUCAGAGUUAUCUUUCUUUGUUUAUCUUGUAAUAGAGAAAUAGACAAUUGCAUUUUUUCCUUUUAAAUACAAACACGACAAAAUGACAAGGACUGCACAUCUACAUGGGGAAAAAUUGUGGUCAACUUGUGUGUUUGUCAGUGUGUGUCUGGUUUACUCUGAAUGGUAUAUAUAGUCUUGCCAGACUUGCUAGCAUUGCUUACAGUGAUAUAGUAUAUACUUGUAUGAUUUUUAUUUCUUUUUAGUUGUCAUUAUUGUAUCUAAACCACAUCUGUAUGGCCUAAAUUGAAAUAUUGUGUACUACCUACCAAUUUGGCCAAUGGGUAGGUAGGAAAAAUAUUUUGGGAUUUUUUUCCCUGUCGGUGUAAAUUAUAACAUUGAAUCAGCCAUUCACUAGUACAGUAUCCGAAUUUUCACAUAUAUAUCAUGUACUUUAUAACAAAUUUAAGCUGUGGUAUUGUUCUGCACUUAAAAAUUUUAGCAAUAAGAUGUUGGCGUUAUGGCAUUUUUAUGUCAAAAUUUGAGAGGGGGUGUAAUUUAGACCUAAUAUUGGUGAUUUUUUUGCUGUGUAUUCUGAAAAUGUAUCAGCUUUGUUUUGUACAUUUUGCAUGGUUGUUGGCACAUGAUAUAUGAUAAUUAUAUAUAAUUAAAGAGAAAUUUAUGAAAAAAAUUGUCACCAAGUGCCUGUGUGUGAAAACAGAAUAUUGUGAUAUUUGUUAAUAGGGAAGAUAGUGAAAUUUUCUUUCCAAUGUCUAUAUAUCAGUACUAUGAUUUCUCAACAAAUAUGCAUAGUCAUAUCAGCCAGAGUUUCUUGAAAUAAAUGUUUUAAUCAAGGGUAUAUAAUUUUUGUAUAAUUAUCUACAAGGAAAUAUUCUGGUCCAUCAGGAGCUAGCUCCAUGAUCAAGUUUCCUGUUGACUGGAUUUUUUGUAUUUUGUUACUUCUACUUGAUUUAUACCUGGGGAAAAUGUCUAGUACAGGUACUCUUUUUCUCAAAAACCGUGCUGAAGUAUCUUGAUUAAGUUAAUCACGUGUCUCUAUCAAUCCAUUAAUUAUUGGUUCAGGUUCUUGGUUUAUAGCCCUAGUGUGUAACACAAGUAAACUAAUCCGUUUUAAUUUCAAUUAUUAAUUGGUUUGUUGCUAAGGAGAUGCCAGAUCAGCUGAAGGGAAAUUCUGAUUGUGAAGGAAAAUGUCUCUGGCUUUCCUAUAUCACAGAAUUCAUGCUACUGUAAACUAUUCUAAGGUUUUUGAUGAGAUAUAAUUUUUAUUGAAUUUUACAAUAUAGUGGCAGAAAUGGUGCAUUCUUGUAACACUUUAACAGUAUUUUAAUUUUCCGACUUUUAUGGGGAAGAAAAGUUUUUUCUCUUUCUGUAAAAUUUGGAAAACUUGAGCUCAGAGCUCAAAGUCAGACAGAGACGGGACUGAGUCCUCCCUAUACAGAUGGCUUCAUUACAUGAGAAUUCAGUUAUAACCAGAUAGAGGUAUAUGUCUAUCCAUACCGGUGAUCAUAAGUGUGACACAGACAUUACCCUCAGUAACUCAGCAAAGUUCCAUUUUUAUAUGCAAUCAAGUUCCUUAUUAAAGGUUGCCAUAACUUGUUAGAGUAUCGUAUAAUGUCAUAAUAAAGUGAAGAUUUUCGCAGUCAACUACAGUGAAAAAAAGCGAUUUAAUUGUCAUUUGAAACAGUACUUGUGUGUGUUGUUUAGGUAUAUUUUGAAUGGGAAAUCGUGAAAGAAACCACACCAUAGAAUUAUCUUCUUUUUUUCAAAUCUUUAUUUUUCUGGAUUCUAGAGAAUUAUCAGAUGCAGCAUCCAUUUCUCUGUUAACUUUACAGUAAUAUGAUUGUUAAUGAAAAUUAUCAUUAUCAGAUGUUUUCUUCUUUAUGCAAAUUUUCUUUGAAAAAGUAAAAAUAGUAUACUGAGAGUAAGAAAAUAGAAAACUCUGGUGCAAGUUUAAACAUCGUAAUGUACCGUGUUACUUGUAUAAUGAAACUUUUAUGACAAGGUACAUUGUAGUAUUUCCUGUAUUGCAAUAAAUUUGCUUUGAUUUUUUUUUCUUUGGUGAAAUUAAAAAUUGUUAAUCACAUAAACUGUGUGAUAAUUUUUUUUGUCAGACUUUUGUGUACAGCCACAUAGAGCAACAGUCAUUUUGGGAGACAUUGUUUAUUGAGUAAACUUAGUAUGUCUAUAAUAUUGUUUUAAAAUUUAAGUUUGCAUUGGGUUUUUUUGUUUUUAGUAGAAUAUCUUCUGUUUAUCUGACAACAGAUACAAAGUUAUGUGGGUGUUUUUUUUCAUUCUACCUGAUCAAUGGGUGUGGUUUGCUAAUUAUUCCUGAUCAUACAAUUUUGUAAUGCUGUCUAAAUACUAAUACCUGUUUUUAUGUUAUAAGUACCACUGUACCCGUUACAGAUGAAUGUUAUAAUUUUGGUAGUUUUUAUUGGGUGAUGUUCUGUACUCUUACUAAUGAAAACAAAAAAACAGAAUCGUUAGAUUUACAUACAAAUGAUACUACUGGUUUUGAAAGAAGAAAAUCAGAUUAAUUACAAGGCAUUUGUUAAUUUGCAAAUUGAUAAUUUGCGUGAUUUUGUAUGAUUAGUGCUGUUGGAGAAAUGUGCUGUCGUUCAUUUGGUUAUAGAGAACGGACACAGGCCUGCAGCAGUAGUCGCCGUGGACAGAAUUUUUACUAUUUUUGCUAUGUAUGUUACAGCCGUUUUGUGUAUUACUUGGUUAUGUACAUUAUGAUAAAUAAAUCGUGUACAUUAUGAUAAAUAAAUCGUGUACAUUAUGAUAAAUAAAUCAUAUAUUGUACUGUU